ACAGCGAUUGAGAGAAAACUAUGCUGCCUGAAGAAGAAAAGACAUAAACCGACAAUCAAGUUCGUCCGAUGUUACACAAGCAAUAUGUCUCGACCACCAGGAAGAAAGCAGGAGAACCACAAAAUAAGCAGAGAACUUUUUGUACUCACGUAUGGGGCUUUGGUAGCCCAGCUGUGCAAGGACUAUGAAAAAGAUGAAGAUGUCAACACCUGUUUAGAUAGAAUGGGAUAUGGCAUUGGUGUAAGGCUGAUUGAUGAUUUUUUAGCUCGUUCAGCUGUGAAAAAGUGCCGCAGUUAUUCUGAAACUGCAGACAUGAUUGCACAGGUUGCUUUCAAGAUGUACCUUGGGGUCACCCCUAGUGUGAGCUGCAGCAGUGCCGCAGGAAAUGAAUUCUCCUUAAUCCUGGACAAAAACCCACUAGUGGACUUUGUGGAGGAGCUGCCAGCAGAACGAGCAUCGCUUUGCUACUGUAACCUCCUCUGUGGGGUGAUUCGAGGUGCCUUGGAAAUGGUUCACUUAGCAGCAGAAGUUACCUUCCUCCAGGACAGGCUGAAGGGCGAUUCUGUGACAGAAAUAGGAAUUACGUUUUUAAGGAAGGCUGAAGACAGAAGGCACAAAAGAAAUAAAUGAAAGAAAUACUGGGAGGAACCCUUGCUGAGGGAUAUUUUGCGCCUUUUGUUUCUGAAGGAGACAUGCAGGGUGAAAAUGGCUUCCCUCAGCCAGCUGCACCAGUCAUACAUUUAACAGGUGAAGAGAGCUGAGCAGCAAACAGGAGGGGCAGAGCAGGGGGAGAGCAAUGUUAAUCGUCAUGACACAGAUAUCGAUAUCAAAGAUGAAAAUGGCCUGCCCUUUCUUCUCACAUAACCAUGCUCUUCAGCUCAAUGAAAGUUUUAUCUUGGUAUUUAGUGCAUGCUGGAUGCAAAAUACUCAUUUGGACACCAACUGUUUUCAGCUAAACGUGACCACCUUUUCCCAUUUUGUUUGUUGGUAAUGUUUGAAAGCAUGGUUGCUAAGAGAUGCUUUAUUUCCCUGGCUGUUGGUCGUUAGGAAUAAUGAAUUCAUUCGCUGUGCCUGCUGUAUGCAGCAUCUUGCUGUCAGCUGCCGGGUUAGAUGUGUAACAGUUUGCACACCAGACAUCCUGCUUCCUUUGAAACUAGAGAGGGAUGCAUCUUCACUGAUGGCAGGAGCAGGUUUGUUAUGGCUCUUUCAGGCCCCAAAUGCAGUUUUGCUGGCAUGCCUGUUCAGCCCCUUGCAUCUGAUGACCCCAGCAAUGCUUGUGUUGCUUCAAGCUAUGGGUCCUUUCACGUCUGUCUGCUCUUCAAGAGCACUGACCUUAUGACCACACUGAACAAAGCAUGGCAUAUUUAAU